GUCCCCCAAAGCCGCGACAGCUUGAUCUCAUCUGUCUAGCUUUUUAACCUUUCCCACCACCAAGCUUUGUCGAUAUCACUUCUACUAUUACACUUUCGUUUCUAUACGCGAGACUCCAUCCAUGUAGGAAAUCUGCGCUUUUGAAGAGAAAUGAAUGCGCAUCCCGAAGACAUGUCGCACCGCGACCGCGAGUCGGUCGAGCGGCACCAAAGAGAACAGUUUCCAGCUGGAACCCCUCGACAGAGCAACACUGCGUCCCUUCAAAUCCACCAACCCGUAGCCUCGCGCCUCCCUGGCGCCAUCCACAGCCCUGGUGGUCUACUUGCGACUCAUGGAGGUUCAGGACCUCCUAUUCCCCUCGGUGCUCCUUCAGGUCCCGUAAACUCCUUUGGUGGUCCAUUGCAAGCCGAUUCCAAUCGAUCGAUCCCACACAACGCGCAGAAUGCCUCGAACCAGAUGUUCGGAGCUAUAGGUGGACAUAACCAAGGCCCUCCCAGCUCUUCUGCGCCCUCUAAUCAUCUAUUCGGCGGUCCUCUACAACAAGAUGGCAACCGCGCCUCUCAGAAUAUCCCAUUUGGCAGCAGUGGUGGUGCGAUUCCCGGAGGAGCGCACGCGAUCCCUAGUGGUAAUGCCGGUGGUAUGCCACAGGGACAACAACCUAUACUUAAUGAUGCCCUAAGUUACCUAGACCAAGUCAAGGUACAGUUUGCCGACCAGCCGGAUGUCUACAACAAGUUCCUUGAUAUAAUGAAAGACUUCAAGAGUCAAACUAUUGACACGCCGGGGGUUAUUAAUCGUGUGUCGGAACUUUUUGCGGGGCAUCCAAAUCUCAUCCAAGGCUUCAAUACUUUUCUUCCUCCUGGAUACAGAAUCGAGUGCGGUGCAGGCAACGACCCAAACACUAUUCGGGUAACUACGCCCAUGGGAACGACGGUACAGUCGAUAACAGGUAGAGCGAACCAAGGUGACGGCGCGCAUGGCCAGCCGGGCACGAAUGGACCAUUUUUCAAUCACCGCGGUAACAACUGGCAACAACAUCCACAGCCACAACAUAGCAUCGAAAGCCCCGAAGCUUCUUUCAGCGCGCCCGUAGUAGCAAGUGGUCAGAGUCUAUUUGCAGCCGGUCAAGCCCAAGGCUCAAAUUUCGAAGGACCGGCUUCCGCUGCCCAGCAACACCGAAGUACGCCGCAAGUACAAAAUAACUCGACUACACCGAACGCGCCUACAACUCGCAACGCACUCACUCCUACCCCGAGCGGCUCUCAAGGCGGGCCUAGCAGCGGCAACCAACAAGCAAAUAUGGAAAAGAGAGGGCCGGUUGAAUUCAACCACGCCAUAAGUUAUGUGAACAAAAUAAAGAACCGCUUUCAGGACAAGCCUGAAAUUUACAAACAAUUCCUCGAGAUCUUGCAGACGUAUCAACGCGAACAAAAACCCAUCCAAGACGUUUAUGCGCAAGUCACCACUUUAUUCAACACUGCACCUGAUCUUUUAGAAGAUUUCAAACAGUUCCUUCCCGAAUCAGCCGCAUCGAACAAAACCAACGGUGCAAAGGCAGAAGACGUCUUUGCUAUGACGGCCGGCCUCACUCAAACCACCCCACAACCCAAUCACAGCAUGAGGGACGGCCAGAAGAUGCCCCCAGUUGGAGCUUUUGCACCUCCUGCCAGUGCGAGCAAAGAUAACCGAAAGCGUCCUCGUAACGAUAAACAAGUUCCUCCUCCUGCAGCCGCAAUGGCCGAUAGCCCAGCACCGGGAUCUCGCUCGAUUCCUGGAGUCGGCCCCGUAAGCAAGCGUCCAAAACUCAACCACAAGCCCUUGCCCACGGAUGCGCCGACCAUUGAGCCGACACUUACCCCCAUUCUUCCCGAGCCUUUGCCUCCUACCUCCUCGGCGAAUGCGACUCCCGAUGAACUGGGUUUCUUCGAGAAGGUUAAGAAGUACAUCGGAAACCGUUCGACCAUGAACGAGUUUUUGAAGCUCUGCAAUAUGUACUCGCAGAGUCUCAUCGACACCAAUGAUCUGGUCCACAAAGCUAGCCAAUUUAUUGGCGGAAAUAGCGAGCUCAUGACCUGGUUUAAGGGAUUUGUAGGUUAUGAAGGUGUAGAUGAGAUCAUCGAGAAUCGACCCAGGCCUCCUGUCGAAAAAGUCUCGCUGAGUAAUUGCCGGGCCAUUGGGCCAAGCUACCGGCUAUUGCCCCGUAGAGAGAAGCUAAAGCCUUGCGGCGGCAGGGACGAGAUGUGCAACGCUGUGCUCAACGACGAGUGGGCAUCUCACCCAACUUGGGCCUCUGAAGACUCCGGUUUUGUAGCCCAUCGCAAGAACGCCUUUGAGGAAGGUCUUCAUCGGAUUGAAGAGGAACGCCACGAUUACGACUUUAACAUCGAGGCCAACGUUAAGUGCAUCCAGUUGUUAGAGCCGAUCGCCCAGCAGAUGUUGAACCUGACUGCUCAAGAGCGAGAAACGUUCCAGAUGCCACCGGGACUUGGAGGCUCGAGCACUUCGAUUUUCAAGCGUGUCCUGAAGAAGAUAUAUGGCAAUGAGAAAGGACUCGAGGUUGUUUCCGACAUGUUUACGGAUCCCUUCGCUGUCGUUCCUGUCGUGCUCGCGCGGCUCAAGCAGAAGGAUGAGGAAUGGCGAUUUACUCAGCGAGAGUGGGAGAAAGUAUGGCAGGCACAGACAGAGAUCAUGCACCUCAAGAGCCUUGACCAUAUGGGCAUCCAAGUCAAACAGAACGACAAGCGUAACCUCUCUGCUAAGCAUCUCGUAGAUGUCAUCAAGACGAAACACGAGGAGCAGCGACGUCUGCGUAGCUCAAAGAAUACGGUCCCUCGAUAUCAGUUUAGUUACGAGCUUGGCGAUCGCGAGGUUAUUCUAGAUCUACUGCGAUUCAUGGUCCUUUAUGGUACGAACAAUGGUCAUCACAGUGCAACUGAGAAGGAACGCAUUGUUGAUUUCUUUGAGUUCUUCAUACCUCAAUUCUUCGAAUUACCCGAGGAUAAGGUCCAAGAACGACUUCAUGAUAUUGAUCGCGAGUCUGGAGAGGAGGAUACCGAGGAGCAACUCCCGGCAGAGUUAACCAAUGGUCGUACCAGACGGAAUGGAAAGAAAUCCGACUUGCUCCGUGGUGUACUGGAUCCCGGCCGUAAUGGUACGAAGACCAGGAACCAGAAGGAGGAUAGCGCUGCGUCUGGUAGUAAAGAGACGACACCCGAUGCUGGUUCUGCAAAUGAAGAGGAGAUGGUUGACGCCCCCGAUGAUCCCGUCCCGGCAGAGCAUUCUAACGAACGAUGGCUACCGACUGUGCCGCGGGCGACAGUCGUGAAGGGUGAUAGCUCGCUGCUGGAUGCCGAUGGCGAGUUGAAGGCAGAUGGAUUCUUCCCUCGCCCGUGGUAUAAUUUCUUCUGCAACCAGACCAUCUUUGUCUUCUUUACUGUCUUUCAGACACUGUAUAGACGCUUGAAGGCCGUCAAGGAUAGCAAGAACAGCGUCUCGGAAGAAAUUAUCCGAUCAAAGAGUAAGAAGCCAGCUAAAGAGCUUGGUAUUGCGAUCAACGAGAUCAACUACUUUGACGAGAAUGAUCCUGCUUCCUUCUGGCCUAAGACGGUCGAGCUGAUCGAGGACUACAUUACUGGGGAGAUCGAUGAGAACCGUUAUCAAGAAGUCCUCCGUCAUUACUACCUCAAGAAGGGUUGGACUUUGUACACGAUUCAAGAUCUCCUUAGAACCCUAUGCCGUCUCUCCCUCACUUGUACGAGCCCGGAUUCAAAGGAAAAGACUCCUGAUCUUAUCAACCAUUUCCUGAACAGCCGUCACAACGAAGAGACUAGUUAUCAGACAGAGAUCAGUGCACGGAAGUACGCAGAGAAAUGCAUCAAGGAUGGUGAUAUGUUUGUCAUCUGCUGGUUCCCUCAGAAACAUGAGGCUACAGUCCGUUGGUUGCAACGUGACGAGACAACCUUCUACAUGGACGAGAUGGAACUUCGCGAGAGAUGGCAGUACUACAUAUCCUCGUACAUGCGGGUUGAACCGACUGAAGGCGUUGCUAGGGCCCGUCUUCAGAAAACGGUUCUCGCCCGCAAUCUCCCAUCUAGCGAAGGUGAUUCGGACGAUGGCGAUGUACCAAAGCCAUUGGCCUAUGAUGAGGGGUUGAUUUUACGUAUCUGUCUGAAUUCCAACAAGAUCGUCUGGGAGAAGAACACAUCGGAGUACUUUAUCUAUACUGCCGAACCGGAGGACGAAAAGGAAAAGAUCGCUGCAGACGAGUACCGUCGUGCCCUUACCGAGCACCGCGAACAACGAUUCAGAGAGAAGAUGGUAAUGAACAAUUCUUGGAUGCGAGGUAACAGCCAAGACGAAGUUCAGAAGGUCAACGAGAAGUUCCAGAAGUGGUUGAAGGAUGGUGUCUCGCCUAAUACCAACGGCCGAGGAGAUGACGUCGACAACACGGAAGGAGUUGAAUAAGUCGGGAAAUCCCUGUGACUUUUGCAUGUUCAUUUCGAUUCGCCUACGAGGCAUAUCUCAGGAGUAAUCAGACGGUGGUGGUGAAUUUUGAUGAUAAGCAAAAGGCAUCAUGGCAGGCGUUUGGCGAAGAACUUUAUGCAGACGUCCUUUUUGCCUUUCAUGUUCAGGCAGUCUCGUUUCUCAUUUGCUGCACGAUGGCGAGACUAGUACCGGCGGAAUAAGCCGAGGUCGACUUAGGUGGACAGGAUCAUUGCUCCUAUUUGCUGUUUUUUUCCCUUUUACUUUGCUUGUAUGUACUAUAGGACGACGAAUUCACAAAACUUGGCAUUUAUCUUUAAU